CAACCACUGCAGUGUAGCGUAGCAACCAUGGAGGGAAAACCGUCCCGAAUGGAGAAGAACAUUCCACAGGGACGACAAGAAGUCGUCGACAUUCGUGUACAACAGCUACGAUGUUCCAACGCAGCACUCUUGGCAGAGAAUGAGAUGUUUGAACGUUUUAUCACCCGCAUGGACCCUCAGGAACUCUUGUUGACCGAGCAUGAGAAUAUGGGAGUAGAGAAAACCACUGAGAGCAAGGGUCAAGAAUGGGAGCGGAGAUCUGAGUGCCACUUGUCCGAUGGCCUUUUGCAGCUAACAUCGGAACAGAGACUCUGCGUGGCGCAAAGGGAAGUAGCAGAGGUGAUAAAAGACAAAGAGAAGCACAGAGAAACAUUUGAGAGAACAAAGGACGACUACAAGGCCUCUCUGAAAGAAAUAGAAGCAGAGCGUGCAGACAUUCGCAGGUCCAAGAAUGAAUUGGAAGACGUAAUGAUGAAGAUCUCAAACUUGAGAGAACCAGAGAAGGUGCUCCAGUACAUAAGGAGUAAGCAAGCUACCCAGUGUGAGACUUUGAAACUAAAGAUCCAUGCCCUGAAGCGGCAGGAGAAAAAGCUCCAGCAGCAGCUGCAGGAGAAGCGAGACAUGGGGAAAGCAGGACUUGAGGACAUUUUCAUGGAGUACAGCGACCCGAUAAUCGACGUCAACAUCGGAGAGCUCCAAAUCAAAGUUUUACAAGCGCAGCGUGUCCUCAACUCUCACCAGGAAGCACUUCAUGGUGUGACACAGGAGUCCGUAGAGCUGAGCAGUGCCAUCACCAGGAGGAAGAAGAUGCUGCAGAAAAUUGAGCAGGCGAUACUGCGUGCUGAAGAGGAACGUUUGAAGGCCGAGGGCGUCAACAAGCAGCUGCGUCGCCAGAUGUCAGAGUACCAGGCACCUGACGUUUCCCAAUACAUGCACAUCAAGGACGAACACAAAAAGCUGCAGCAGAGCGUUCACGCUUGGCAGAGGAAGGUUGGAGUUGCUGAGAUGACCUCAAAGAAGAAAUCCUGGAAGCAACCCAGAGGCACUCCUGUAAACAGUGCAGAUGUUGGCACAGUGAAGCUGCCACACAUAGCAUAGAAUGCCAGUGAACACAGCGGAGAGUCAGAAGAAUUUAGAAUUAGAAAUUAACUUCUUCUAAUGAUCCUGUUUCUUAGUGUAGUUUUAAAUUUCCAGAAAACGUUGAUGGAAAAGUUCCAAAAUUGGACACCUUUUAGGGCAAUCAAUUACAAUAUAUAGACAUUUACUGGAAACAAAAAUUUCAAUUAAGUUAUUGCAAAGAAACAUUCAACCCCCAUAGAAAAAUCACAUGACUUAGACCAUGGGUCACCAACCUUUUUGAAACCAAGAGCUACUUUUUGGGUACUGAUUAAUGCGAAGAGCUACCAGUUUAAUACACACUUAAAUAAAUUGCCAGAAAUAGCCAAUUUGCUCAAUUUACCUUUACUGAAUAAAUCUAUAAAUAUUUAAAAAAUGGGUAUUUCUGUCUGUCAUUCCGUCGUACAUUUUUUUUCCUUUUACGGAAGGUUUCUUGUAGAGAAUACAUGAUGAAAAAAACAC